CAGGGAGUCCAUCAGCAGCGUGUCCCGAGGGCCUGGACCAUGUUCCUGGAGGUGCAGCCAGCGUCUUCCCUCCGUCCAGCACACAGUGACGGGGAGCCCCGGAGGGGAAAUGCAUCCUGAAUGGGGCUGAGGCCCCCUGCUCGGGAAUAUGCAGCCUCGGCACCGCGGGGGCAGCACCAGGGCAGCGGCCGGCGCGCGGCGGGAUGGUGGCAACCUUCAAGAUCGCCGUGCUGGGAGCGCAGGGCGUGGGCAAGAGCGCCAUAGUCCGGCAGUUCCUGUACAACGAGUUCAGCGAGGUGUGCGUGCCCACCACGGCCCGCCGCGUCUACCUGCCCGCCGUGGUCAUGAACGGCCACGUGCACGACCUGCAGAUCAUGGACUUUCCCCCCAUCACCGCCUUCCCCGUCAACACCCUGCAGGAGUGGGCGGACGUGUGUUGCAGGGGGCUCCGGAGCGUCCAUGCCUACAUCCUGGUCUAUGACAUCUGUUGCUUUGACAGCUUCGAGUACAUCAAAACCAUCCGCCAGCAGAUCCUGGAAACAAGGGUCAUCGGCACCUCGGAGACGCCCAUCAUCAUCGUGGGCAACAAGCGGGACCUGCAGCGGGGCCGGGUGAUCCCGCGCUGGAACGUCUCCAACCUGGUGAAGAAGACGUGGAAGUGCGGCUACAUCGAGUGCUCGGCCAAGUACAACUGGCACAUCCUGCUGCUCUUCAGCGAGCUCCUCAAGAGCGUGGGCUGCGCCCGCUGCAAGCACGUCCACACCACCAUCCGCUUCCAGGGCGCCCUGCGCAGGAACCGCUGCACCAUCAUGUGAGCCCCCUGCCCC